UCAGCUUCUUCUUCUUCUUCUUCACAUCUCACAGCUUCUUGAUAAUUUGAAAGGUUUUAACCAAAAUUAGACAACUUUGAUCAUUUUUUUUUUUGUGUUGAGUGAGACGAAAAGAGUCUAAUCCAAUCAAUGGGUUGUGUAGUACCCAGAAUUGAAUUUGGUUGUUCAAGCCUUACUCUUUCAUGGAACUUAAGAAGAGCAUGGAAUUUGGGAAGAGUGACAACAGUCUCACAAUUUCAGAAACUUCCUUAUCCUUUGGUAUCUUCUACUCGAAAACAUUACAAGAACCGUUUGCUCUUGAAAAGAUUUUUAGUUGGCGUCGGCACAGAGGAAUCAUCUUUGUCAGAAGAUUCACUCAACGAGUCUCUUUCUAGACCUCUCACUAGUGAGGAGUUGAAGUCACUGCUCAUUGAUGCAGAGAGAUCGAAGCUUGUUAAAAAAUUGAGUGAAGCUAAUCAACAGAAUCGUUUUCUCAAGCGCCAGCUUAAAACACACGAGGAUGAAAUAAAUAAAAUCAAAAGUGACCUUGCGAUUAUGGAGUUCCAAGUUCAGGCUUUGGUCAAACUGGCGGAAGAAGUAGCAAACCUUGGUAUACCAGUAGGUUCUAGAAAAAUCAGUGGAAAGUACAUUCAGUCACACCUUCUCUCUCGUUUAGACGCUGUUCAAAAAAAGUUGAAGGAACAAGUAAAAGAUGUCGAGGCUGCACAGACGAAAGAGGUUCACGUGUUCUGGAUUGGCAUGGCAGAGAGUGUACAAGUAAUGGGAUCGUUUGAUGGAUGGAGUCAACGUGAGGAUCUAUCGCCUGAGUACUCAGCUUUAUUCACCAAAUUCUCCACCACAUUAUACCUUCGUCCUGGGCGGUACGAGAUAAAGUUCUUAGUAGAUGGAGAAUGGCAGAUCUCACCUGAGUUUCCUACUUCGGGAGAAGGGAUGAUGGAGAACAAUGUCUUAGUGGUGGAAUAGCUACUCAUCUUUCUGCAUCACACAUUUAGAUAUAAAACCAAAUCCUGUUCUAGACCCAAUGCAAUUACCAAAAAUGAGUGAGCGAGUGUUUGCUCCAUUUUCAUAAGUGAAGAAUAGAGACUGGUGAAGAGACAUUGCAAGAAACUAGGAUAAAACCUGGUUUUUGAUGAACAUUUUGAGGAAGUAAUCAGAUAUAAUUGCCAAAAAUUGAUGAGACUUUGUGAUUUUUACUUGCAAUAACAUGAGGCCAAAAUUUGUAUUUUAUUAUUACUGCAAUGUACAAAUUUGUCAAUAUGUCAACAAGGGAAGAGGCAAAAGGAGGGAUCUAAAUGUAACCUUCUAUUCACAAAGUUAAUCUUGGCCAACUUA